CGUUAACCUUGAAGACACCACCCCCUCUGUAUUAUAUAUAUCAUGGCACUAUGAGCAAGAAAAAAGCGCCAGAACCCUCUCUCCCCAGCGUGGACUCCGUGCUGAACAAGCUGAAAAGUGAUGGAACAUUUGACCAGUUCAGAAGGACCUGCUUGGGGUACAUUCAAGGAGAGCCAUCUUUCAGGUCGUAUAGCGAGCAUCUUGAGGUGGUCUCCAGAAGGUACUUGCAGAGCUACAAGUGGAGAGAUAGCAGUACCAAGAAUGAAGUCAGAGGGAAACUGAGGGAUCACGCACUAGGAGUGAUAGUAAGCCCAGACAUCCAGGUGGGGACACCACUGAUAGACAUUGUGGAGAAGGUACUUGAGUCCAAGGCUAAAGAGCUACUGCCCAAGAUCUCAGAAUCUGUCGAGUUCUUGUGUGAGGCCAGAGCCAAGCAACUAGUGGAGGCUCAAGCAGCUAAAGAAGCUCAAGAAGCUCAAGAAACUAUCAUAUUACCCAUUACAGCUCCUUUGGUUGCCAAUACACCAAAGUCAGACUAUGUUGACCUCUCUCUACCAAUAGACCUCCCUGGACUAAACACUCCACCACCUGCUAAACCUGUCAAGCCUCAGGGGGUGGCCGGAAAGCAAGAGAACAAGCCCAAGGCUAUAAAGAAGGGAACAAUAGACCCACAGAAAGCAAAGGCCAAACCAUUAUCUGGUUUAAAGACAGUCAAGGAUGACAGUAAACUGAAGAGCGAUAGCAAAGAACAAAAAGUAAUUGCUGAAAAAGAGAAGCCGAAAGUGUACAGAAUACCCAAAAAACCCAAAGUUGAUGAGUCUAUCAAAGAAGUGAAAACUAUCGAUGCUUCAUUAAGCAAAGAAAAUAACAGUUCAAUUGACGGACCCAAACCUUUGUCCAAGCGUAGAAGUACUCGAUUAGCAUCUCAGACUGACUCUAAAGCCAGCUCUGACAAUGAGCACAGUGAUGGUGAGGCCACACCCACCAGAAAGAGACGCAGAGCCUCCGGAGGAACAAGAGCAAGGAUCCACUCCAGCUCUGAAGAAUCAGAGAUCAGCUCAGAAGACUACGAAUCAGACACAGAUCAACAAAGUGAGGGUGAAAGUCCCCGAGAACAGCACAAAUCUAGCAAAAUAUCUCGUCAUGAUGGUAAUAAAACCUCAAGAAAAAAGCCAAAACAGUCCAAAAAGAUGCGAUUGUCGAAGUCCCCUCCGAUGAUUGUAACACGAUAUAAUCGGUCGGUGAAGCCCAACAAGCGCUAUUACGAUGCAUGCACGGUGACAGAGGAUGACUCUCAGAGCACGUUGGAGGAGACUACCGAGUGUUCCCAGGGCGAGGAUGAACCACCUCCUCUCACUCGGACGCUGGACACCACCAGACCCUGUGACAAUGGGGAGAUGGAGAUACAAGAUAAUGCCAUAUUAGCGGGAGAUGAGAGGGUGGACAUAGCAUAUGAGAUGCUCAAACCCAAACCCAGACCACUCAAAGUUAAGAAAAUUUUGCUCAGAGGAAUACGAUCGAGAAAUAGGACAAACUCUAGAAUCAAUUUCUUUCAGCAUAGGUAGUUGAAACACAUUGUAUAUUUAAUAUUAUUGUGGUCGUGUGUAUUUAUAUUGUGAGGACUGGAAACUG